AAUCCGAACGGCCGCCGCCAUAUUGCCGACCUGUCAGCAGACGCGGCGCUGCCGUCUCGGCGUGUCUCCUGCGGCGGGAUCCCCAGCGAGCCCUCAGGGGAGGAGGCGGAGGAAGCGUCGGAGCGGCCCCGCAGCGCCUCCUGGCCGGCUGCGGUGGGCGGGCGGGCGAGCGGGCGAGCGGGCCUCCCUUCCACUCGGCCCGAGCGAACUCGAGAGCGGCGGCGACCGACGGGAGUUCGACGGCGCAGCCCCUGCCAGAAAACUACAAUAAAUGAUUUGAAAGAAUAAGAAGCACAGAAGAGAGGGAAAGAUGCCGAAACCAAUUAAUGUAAGAGUUACCACCAUGGAUGCAGAGUUGGAGUUUGCCAUCCAGCCCAAUACAACAGGGAAACAGCUUUUUGAUCAGGUUGUAAAAACAGUUGGCCUUCGUGAAGUCUGGUUUUUUGGACUGCAGUAUGUGGACAGCAAAGGAUACUCAACUUGGUUAAAGUUGAAUAAAAAGGUAACCCAGCAAGACGUACGGAAAGAAAAUCCCCUUCAGUUCAAGUUCAGGUCAAAGUUUUUUCCUGAGGAUGUUUCUGAAGAGUUGAUUCAAGAAAUAACCCAGAGACUCUUUUUUCUGCAAGUCAAAGAAGCCAUCUUAAAUGAUGAAAUCUAUUGUCCACCAGAAACUGCAGUGCUGUUAGCUUCUUAUGCUGUUCAAGCAAAGUAUGGCGAUUACAACAAGGAGAUACAUAAACUGGGAUAUUUGGCAAAUGACAGACUUCUUCCCCAGCGUGUUUUGGAACAGCACAAAUUAACAAAAGAGCAGUGGGAAGAAAGAAUACAGAACUGGCAUGAAGAACACAGAGGGAUGUUAAGGGAAGAUUCCAUGAUGGAGUAUCUCAAGAUUGCACAAGACUUGGAAAUGUAUGGCGUCAACUAUUUUGAAAUAAAGAACAAAAAGGGAACUGAAUUAUGGCUUGGUGUUGAUGCUUUGGGCUUGAAUAUUUAUGAACAUGAUGACAAGUUGACUCCCAAGAUCGGCUUUCCCUGGAGUGAAAUAAGAAAUAUUUCAUUUAAUGACAAAAAGUUUGUGAUAAAGCCCAUUGACAAAAAGGCCCCUGACUUUGUGUUUUAUGCACCACGUCUGAGAAUAAAUAAGCGAAUAUUGGCAUUGUGUAUGGGAAACCAUGAGUUAUACAUGAGAAGGAGAAAGCCAGAUACAAUUGAAGUUCAACAAAUGAAGGCCCAGGCCAGAGAAGAGAAACAUCAAAAACAGAUGGAGAGAGCUCAGCUGGAGAAUGAGAAAAAGAAAAGGGAAAUAGCAGAAAAAGAGAAGGAAAGAAUAGAACGUGAAAAGGAUGAACUGAUUGAGCGGCUAAGACAAAUUGAAGAACAGACGAUGAAGGCCCAAAAAGAAUUGGAAGAACAGACGAGGAGGGCUCUGGAGCUGGAUCAGGAACGCAAGAAAGCGAAAGAGGAAGCAGAGCGCUUGGAAAAGGACCGCAGAGCAGCCGAAGAGGCUAAAGCUACUCUUGCAAAACAGGCUGCAGACCAGAUGAAGAAUCAGGAGCAGCUGGCAGCAGAACUUGCCGAAUUCACUGCAAAGAUUGCACUUUUGGAAGAGGCCAAGAAGAAGAAGGAAGAAGAAGCUUCAGAAUGGCAGCACAAAGCUUUUGCAGCCCAAGAAGAUUUGGAAAAGACCAAAGAAGAACUGAAGACGGUGAUGUCUGCUCCUCCCCCACCGCCACCCCCACCCCCACCAGUUGUUCCUCCUACGGAGAACGAACACGACGAACAGGAUGAGAAUAACGCUGAAGCUAGCGCCGAACUGGCUUCCGAAGGGGUUGAAAACCACAGGAGUGAGGAAGAGCGAGUAACAGAGACACAGAAGAACGAACGUGUUAAGAAACAGCUCCAGGCCCUGAGCUCUGAGUUGGCCCAAGCAAGGGAUGAAACCAAGAAAACGCAGAACGACGUCCUUCACGCUGAGAAUGUCAAAGCGGGCCGCGACAAAUACAAGACUCUGCGACAGAUCAGACAAGGCAAUACAAAGCAGCGCAUUGAUGAGUUUGAAGCAAUGUGAGAGUUGAUAUUUUGCAUAUAUGUUCUUCGUUAAGCUUGAACCACCAGCAGAGAAACCCAGGCCUUUUCCACUCAUGAAAGGAACACCCCCCCACCUUGCCAAAGCACUUAUACCAGUUUGUGGUUGAGCAGCAUUUCAUGAGUCAUUCAACAUUAAGGCAGCCCUGUCAUUUCUGGCUCGACGUGAGGUUGUGGUCGCUGUUUCCAUGAUCUCACAUCCUAUCAUUUAUUCUUUAUCCUCUAAAAGAGUAGCGCAGGGUGAGGCUGUUGUCUGAGCAUUGAUCAUUUGAAAAGACAACGGCUUUCUGCUUAUAACUGGCCAUGGUUUUGGAAGGGUGCACUUUGGAAUGUUCUUUGCAGCUUAGCGUGUUGGCAAGAAGUCUGACGUUGCUGAAUUUAUUGCAUAUUUUCAGAAGGGUUUUUUUCCCCUCCCAACUCUCGAGUGGAAUUCUUUGGUGUUUCACCUCCUGUCAUCAUAGAUGGUUUUCUUUGCCUGUUUGUUCACAAAGGUCUAGAUGGCAGGUAGCCGUUCCAGCAUUCUCUCGCUCACCUUUUUUUUUAUAAUAAAAGAAAUGGAACGUUAUCUGUAGAAUAUCUCCUGCUUAAGAGGUCUGUUUUUACUGCAUUCUUCAAUGAACCAGAUAAAAGUAGGGAGCAGUUAAGUGCCCCCACCUUGCAUUCUCUUAGCCCGGCGAAUUGCAAGGUGGAAAACCUGGACCUUUCUGGCAAGGGAGCAUAUGAAAACAUCGGUCCCGAGAUGGGGACAGAAUCCUACCUCACUAUAUAUACAUGAUGACCGGUCCUUCAAACACCAUAUUGAAAUAACUGUGUUAAGCCGGGUUCCUUCCUGGAUAGUGGCUACACAAAUCUAGGCGCUUUUACUCUUUUUUACUUGGUUUUUUUUGGUUUUGCUAGAGCGUAGAUUUCAGACAGUAUUCAGCUGCCUUUUUGUUGAGUAAAACUGUGCAUCGUGUAUUUUACAUUUUUUUUUUUUACAAAAAAUGUAACCUAUCACUGGUAUACCAUCCAAUGGGAGGGUAUGAAAUGGCUGGAUUUGAACAUAUUUUCUGGAUUCCCUUGCGCUAGACCAGCAUUUCUCGGGGACACAUUUCUUAAUGAAGGUGGUAUGUGGAACAGUGCUGCCUUAUGCUUGUUUUUUGGGGCCUCUUUGCACAUCAUGUCCUUCCCAUUCCUUUGGUGAUAACUCUGAAGGUGUGAGGGAACAGCAUGCACAGUUCUCUGCCUUUUUGUUAAACCUGAUUUACGGAGACUGUAGCAGAACAACAGCAAAAGAGCGGUAUGAACAAACUCGACAUACACUCAGCAAACAUUGAACGUGCAUUAUACAUGUGAGUCCUUGUCUCAUCUAGUUCUCCUCGAAACGACUAAUGACAAAUCUUGGAUUUUUGCAUCGUCUGUAGAAAUCGAAUCAUGUACUUAUCUCAUAGAUCUUGAACUAGCAGUUGGGAGAAAGAAGCGCUGCUUUCUCUGAGGAUGGUUCAGCUACCUUUUGUUUGGUAUUAUGCAUUCAAAAUUUACACUUACCUAUUAAAAUUGCCAUUUUAUUAAAUUUUCAUGCACAGGUUUCUUAUAAACAGUUCUGUUGAGGGUUUUUUUUUGGAGGGGGGAGGAACUGAAUUGAAGGGAGAUGAGUAGUGGGAGGACAUCACGAGAGGGGGAUAUAUAAUGAUGUACACACGCAAGUAUUCUGGAUUUUGUGGAUAAUGGUAGCUGGCUAACCUUGAAUAGAUUGGGCUACAAACGCUGUGCACACAUUCAAACACUGCUUGGUUUCCCCUUACUAUCUGCUACUAGUAGUUGAACAUGGGUCUUAAAUGCAUUGGAGGUUUUCAUGGACUGAAUCAUGAGGCCUGGAUUCCCAGAGCAUUAGAAAAGUAUAGCAUGCCUGGCGCAACGCUAUGCUAGUAUUUCCUGGUUCCUCCCUGAAAAGUGUGCACAUGCAUUGAUAUGCCAGUCUGUCAGUGGGGUGGGGAGGGAUGCCAGUUAGAUCUGCUGUUCAUAAUCUACAAUGUAUAGGUUAGCGUUGAAAUGGAUGUAAUCCAUUUAUAAAAGCUGUGUGGAUUUUUCUAAGCAGUUGAGAAAAAAUAAACAUCUGUAACAAGGUUUUCAUAGUGAACAAAAGGGGUGAUAAUGGUCGAUCACCAGCUUUUUUUGGGGGGGGGGAGCGCUUAACGAUGUAGAGACGUCAAGAAAAUACUUGAUGAAGUAAUUUUACAACAUGCUUUCUUCCCUCUUCUCCCCAUUAGCAUCAUGUUUUUUUGUGUUGUAAAAAUCAAGCUACAGUCAAUAACCUCUAUUAUUUUGGAUAACGUUCAUUGGCUAACAAUAAAGAGAAUACAGUUAA